AUGGGGGACGACGACUUGAAGCGUGCGUUCCAGGCUCUGUGCGGGGACUAUGAGGAGCUUUUGGACGAGCGCGUCGACCUGGCGUUGUUCAAGAUUGACGAGGCGUGUGCGGCGGCCGACGGACUGAGGCAGGACGCGGAGCAGAUCCAGGAGCAGCUGCUGACCGAGCUGUUGAACAACUGCCAUGAAUUCGAGGACAUUUUCCUCCGUGUGAACCUCAUCGAGGUAGGUGAAGGCUGCAUCUACAAUCAUGGCGGAGCAAAUAUUAAAUGUGCUUGUGGUUUUGACCAGCGCUUUGUGGGGUGGGUGCUAGUGACCACGAGGGAGCUCGAGAAACGCAUGGAGAGCAUCAGUCGCGCCGCUGGUCCUGUGUUUAACGAGUACCAGCGUCACCAGUUUAUUCCGGUCCUUCUCCAUUACGGUGCGUUGUCUGCACACUGGUUCGAGGGCGGAUAG